AUGGAUUACGUUGAUAUUUCUUUUUUAUUGCUUUUUGCUACGCUUAUAUUAAAUUUGGUUAAGCGGCCCAAAAUUGGUGUGAAUGAACCACCAUUAGUACCAUACCGAAUUCCAAUUAUUGGACAUACACAUCGUUAUAUAUUUGAUGCUGAAAAUUUUUUGCGAAAAUGUAGGGAAAAGUAUGGUGAUCCAUUUAGCUUAUAUGUCUUUGGAAGUGUGAUAACUUUUGCAGGGCGUGAAACUUGUCAUGAAAUUCUAAGGAAUGCUGACAUUUUUGAUUUUUAUAAGGGAAUAGAGAGGCUAUUUCCAGCAAGUUAUGUCUUUAGCCGAUACAAAAAAUUUCAGUCGAACGGAUUUAUCGUUCGAAUAGUUCAUGAAAUGAUGAGUGGUAAAAUUAAUUUAUAUGCGCCAAGAAUUCAGAAAGAACUUUUAUUCGGGAUUAAAAAAUAUUUUGGAGAUUGUAAAGAUCAAAAGGUUAUAAGAGAUAUUAGUAGAUUGUCGUCACAAAUAGUUGCAAAGACUGUUGCUAAUGUUACUCUUGGUGAAGAAGCUGCACAAUUUGAUGAUAUUAUAGACUCAUUUGCAAAAGUAGAAAGUGAUCUUGUAAAUAUGAGUCUUGUUCCUCCAAUUUUAUCGUUUAUUCAUCAUUCGCUUCAUACAAAGCUUAUCAUGUUACUCAUAAAAUUUGGAUUAAAUCCAAUCCCUCGACACAGAGAUAUUUUCUUCCGGCGUUGUAAGCCAAUUGUUGAAGAACGCAUCCACCAAAGAAAAAAGCUUGGUAAUAACUAUAUUCAAAAAGAAGAUGUACUUGAUUUCCUUUUAAGCGAACCAGAAUUUAAAAUCGAUGUUGUGGACGAUGAAUAUAUGGAUAAUUUAUUUGGACAAUUUUAUUCGCUAGUUUUUGCUUCGAUUACUACAACUGCUAAAGCUCUUUCAUUUGUUCUUUUUGAUUAUGCUGGAAGACCAGAAUUGUGGAAUGAAAUCUACGAUGAACAAUUAAAGAUCCAUAAUGAAUCGAACGGUAAUUUAAGCGUUAAAGAUGCUAAUAAAAUGGCCAAAUUGGAUUGUUUUAUUAAAGAAUCAUUUAGACAUUCUUCAGAUAUAGAUGCGGCUUUCAGUAAUAAAUUAUUUGGAGAAACAUCGAAUGACUUUCAGCCAAAGCGGCAUAUAACUUCAUAUUCUGAUGGCAAAAUUAUUUACUCACCAGUUACAAAAAUUAAUAAAUUUAAUCUAACCUUUGGAGACGGUAAACAUGCAUGUCCCGGUAGAUUUUUUGCUAUUUUAAACAUCAAGAUAUUUAUUCAUAAGUUGAUUUUAAAAUAUAAUAUCAAAACUGAGAGUGGUAAAGUUGCUCCCCAUAGAAUAGUGUCUUCUUUUGUUUUCCCGCCUAAAUCUGGAUUGAUUUUUGAAAAUCGUGAUUGA